AUGGCCAAUAAAUCGAGAGAAGGGAACCUUCGAGAAGAAGAUGGAAAUGAAAACGUUACCCGAGAUUCUGAAGAAUAUGUAACAUUUGCAGAAGUAGACGAUGAAAAUGUAGAAGAAGUGAAUAAACUACAGCAAGACGAAAGCAUAGAGGAUGAAGCCCAAUCACAGAAACAUCCACAAACUUUGCCUUCGAGGGCAGCUGAAACCCCGACAUUAAAUGAAUCCCCGAAAUCAGCUAAAAAAUUUAAGAAAGAUAAUGUCACUGCCCUGCUGAAACAAAGCAUGGAAAAACGUGAAAAGAGAGCUAAAGCAAGAAAGAAAGAAAAUAUUUCAAGAAAUCAAAACCUACAGAAAAUGAUCCCCUAUUUUACUUCUUUAUGUCAAUGUACCAAUCUACCAGAAAAAUGCCACCCUCAUAUCAGCACUUGA